UUCCGAUUGCCGAAGCAACCGCCGAUUUUCUCGUCUCUUUGUUCCCAAUUACCGCACCGACGGCUUGAUAUUUCCUCCGGCGGAUUGAUAUUAUCCCGACAUAUUCAUCGGUUUUCCACUCGAUUUUUCACCGGGAAAUCUCCUCCACUGAUUCUUCAAACAUUUUUGCUUGAUGGGAUGGAGGAUGUUCUUCUAUACUUUUCUUAUUCUAUUCAAAAUUGUGGAAUCCUCUAGUAGAUCAAGAAAGAUGUGGUUGCUGAAUCUAAGCACCGAAGCAGCACCUAACUUCAGCUGGACAAUUCUUAGUGCUGGCGUAUUUGUUCUUGUUGCACUUAUUCUGUCCACGUUUCUCAUCAUUGAGCAUUUAGCUUCUUAUAAUCAACCAGAGGAACAGAAGUUUCUGAUUGGUCUUAUAUUGAUGGUUCCUGUUUACUCUCUAGAAUCGGUGAGAGGAAUUCUAAUUCCCUUAUUCUUUUAUUCUAUUUACGAGAUUUGUUUAAUGCCCUCAAAUAAUGCUGAACUUUUUACAAAUUUUAUAUGGUUGAAAGGUGGUGAGAAACGUACACUUGAAUUCAUGGAAAGUCAGACUGUUGUUGACUCUAGCACACCUCUUUUGACGGAAAAAUAUGCAUAUGGGGUUGUAGAACAUCCUUUUCCCUUAAAUUUGUUCAUAAGGGAUUGGUAUCUUGGUUCUGACUUCUAUCAUGCGGUGAAAAUUGGUAUUGUUCAAUAUAUGAUAUUGAAGAUGAUAUGUGCUCUCCUAGCAAUGAUUCUUGAAAGUUUCGGGAUUUAUGGAGAAGGAAAGUUUGAAUGGAGAUAUGGAUAUCCCUACUUGGCAAUUGUACUUAAUUUUAGUCAAUCGUGGGCCCUAUAUUGCCUUCUCCAAUUCUAUUCUGUCACGAAGGACAAAUUGGAACCAAUUAAACCAUUGGCAAAGUUUCUUGUUUUCAAGUCAAUUGUUUUCCUCACUUGGUGGCAAGGAAUUGCCGUUGCCUUUCUUUUCUCCAUAGGAGCUUUUAAAGGGUCCUUGGCUCGGGAGCUGAAGACACGCAUACAAGAUUACCUAAUAUGUAUUGAGAUGGGUAUUGCUGCCGUUGCACAUGUUUACACCUUUCCAGCCGUACCUUAUAAACGUGGAGAAAGAUGUGUUCGUAAUGUUGCUGUGCUGUCUGACUAUGCAUCCUUAGGAACGCCACCGGAUCCAGAGGAGGUUAGAGACUCUGAACGAACAACUAAAAUACGCUUGAGUCGCCAUGACGAGAGAGAGAAGCGUUUGAAUUUUCCCCAGAGUGUUCGGGAUGUUGUCAUUGGAAGUGGUGAAAUUAUUGCUGAUGACAUGAGAUAUACAGUCACACAUGUUGUUGAACCAGUUGAAAGAGGGAUUGCAAAGCUUAACAAAACAAUCCAUCGGUUCUCUGAAAAUGUUAAACGGCAUGAAGAGCAGCGGAAGAGUGCCAAGGAUGAUAGUCAUCUGAUUCCUUUGAAUUCCUGGUCAAGAGAAUUUUCUGAACCUGAAGAAAAUCUUACUCAAGGCAGUGUAAGCGACAGUGGAAUAUCCAAUUGUAAGAGACAACAUUCCCAAUCAAAAUCCUCCGCUUCUCGAAAUAGAAUCGGCAGAUAACAUGGUGUCUUUGUAUAAUGUAAAUGACGAAACUCAUAUGUUGGCAUGAUUUUUAACCAUGCUGAUAUUCUUAGUUUAGAAUAGACAUGUCAAUGGCGGGGGCAUUAACUGGCAAAAAGUACCAGUCUUGGUCCCUUGUAGAGCUAACCCGUUACCUUAAACCCAUCCAAUUAGCCACAGAUACAGGAGAAAACACGAAAGGAAUAAACGAUGGUUUUGGAUUCUAUCAUCUGUAGGGAAAACCUGGUGACUUUGAGCUAUAAAUCUAAGUAAACUCUUCUCUUUCCA